ACGGAGCAUGUCAUGACGUCACAAAACGUGCGAGCUCACCUGAGCCGUUGAGCGAGCUCAGUUAAUCGAAAAGCGAUGAAAUAGCGCGCAACGAUGGAUAAAAGCGUUUUCUGGCAACAGUAGUUUGUGAAGAUUGGUCUAUUAUUGAAGCUCGUGAAUUAAAUACUUUGUAGGCAGAACGAUUUAUACGGUGAAGAAAUGAACGGUAGGCACGUCGUUCAAUUUACCAGGCUUGGUAUUGUUGUGGUUUGCACCGCACUCUUAUAUGUAGCGCAAUUUGGUUCCACCGAACCGUUGGACGGUGUCCCGAAUUUGGUUUCAUUCGAAAAUGAUGAAUUCGUAGGCCGCAAUGAAUAUUCUGAAAUGGAGGAUGAGCCAGAACUGGAGCAAGACUAUGUCCAGCUCGAAUCUCUGGAUUAUGAAGUUGUCAACCGUCGGGAUGACUUCACUCUGCCCGGGUCUGGCACAAAAUUCAGUCAAUUGCCUGACUGCACAGAUGAGGAACCUAUUGCUGAAGCUGGCCAGAACCAUGUGCUUGUAAGCACUCUUGAUGGAGACAUCACAAGCUUGGAUCUUGAAACUGGAGCUGUUCUCUGGAGGAAUUCACUUGGUCACCAACGUUUGUUGUCAACAUCCAGUGCUGGGUUGCAAAUGGUGGCUGCUGGGAAAAUGAUUCAGUUGGUUCCCUCUUUGGAUGGAAUGCUUUAUCAAAUCAGCAAGGGAUCUGACAAACUCACUGCCUUGCCUGUAUCAGCUGAUGCACUCAAGGCUUCAACCUUCAAGUUUGAUGAUGAAACAUAUGUGUCAGGUGGAUACUCGUCAGAAUCAUUUGGUUUAUAUGCUGGGAGUGGAGCCCUUGUGUACAAGUGUGAUCAUGAGGGCUGCAAGCAGCGCACCAACUUAGAUGGGGUCAUCCCCCCACUGUCGGACUCGGAUGAUGUUAUCCUCGUAACUAAGACCAUGAGGAAUGUCUAUGCUUUCGACCCUACACUUGGUAUUGAGAAGUUUAACUACAGCGUAGGAGAGCAUCAGGUGGAGCUGGUCCGCAGCAGCGGGUGUCGUGCCACAGCGGGCCGCAAAGCACCUUCAGACAACCCCACUCUACCCUUGCUGCGCUUCUCCCUCUCUGACAGGCUUAUUCAGGCGGAGCUAGAAGAUGGAACGCGGCUGUGGAAGAACAGAUUUGACCACCCAAUCACUGGGGCUUGGAGGCUACAGGAUGGGGAACUUACAAAAUUGGACCUGCUGGCGCCCAGCAACCUCUAUCAGCUGGUGCCGCUACACUCGACCACGCCACGGGUGGACGAUUUUGUUUCCCCCGAUGUGUACCUCGGUAGGGUAGGGCAGCAGAUGUACGUGCAACACUCAGAGCGACUCAGGAUGAAGCUGCAGGCCUUCUCUGCCGCCAACACGCUCAGGCGAACCAAUCUCUUCAAAAUUGACGGGCAGCUGUUCGAACGACCUUCCAUCAGCUGGAAGCCCUACUUUGUUCGACCACCUCAGUUGGCUCACGCGUUGCCGCAUGAUAAUGGCGAAACAUCCUUGGCAAUUCAGUAUCAUCCUGACGCCAGUUCAAUUGAUGCCGCUGCUGGUGUUGAUGUCGCCGGGGCCAACGGUCAUAAUCAACAGUCGUCUGCGACAGUCACUGAUGUCACGCAUCAGGAUCUUGACGUCGUCCCUAUUCCUGAUGACUCAAACAUUGUUACCCCUGAUAACAAUAAUCGUUCAAAUUUCGGCGUGUAUCUUUUCAUGAACGACGCCUUGUUUGACGAUGGGAGGCCUCCCAUACGCCGCGCUAUCGACACGUCUCCCGGCUUGAAAUAUGGCACGCAUGAUCCUCCGACUGCCGCACGUGAUGCCACAUCGUCUCAAGCCGAUUCACCGUGGGCGUGGGUCGUCAGUUGGUUCAACCACUCGCUCAGUCUUACGUGGCAGUUGCGGUUCCCAGUCUCGAUUGUGCAGUCAGUGUUGCUGUGCGUGUGUCUGCUGUUCACGAUACAGGUUUUCUCUCCUGCCUGGAGUAAGUGGCUGGUCACGUUCUUGCUCGCUCCUCUCAUCGCCUUGUACGCUGCAUUCAGGAAGCUCUGGCCGACUGGACGACAGGUACUACAGGCUCGUCUCCAACCUUCAAAUUUGCCUUACACGUCUCUUGACCAGACUUAUAAUUGUACGGCGGCUCCUAGUCAGGAUGUAUUCCAAGUUGCAGCUUCACAGAAUUCCGGGCAGCCACAGCCACAAACAGGACAAGGAAUUUCGGCAGAGCCUUCUGGAGCUUUAUUUCCAUACAACCGUACUAUUAGGCACCAACAGUGGCCUUCAGUCUGUCCUGUAGCUGACAGUCAAGCCGACCACCAGACAACUGUCAAUGAUGGCAGUUGUGGAAAUCCCCUCGCCAGGGGGCGUUUCAAUGUUCCUCAUUCAAAAGACUCUAAAAAUCAGUCUUCCAAAAUUGGCAACGAGUCUUCUUUCACAGUUGAUUUCGAUGAGGGGUCUUCAGGAAUUAUAUUUGCAGACUCAUCCAAGCCUGAGCUCGAAGAAGAUGGAUCCUUCCACAAUCACGUCUCUGAGUCCAAUGACAGCGGUGGAAAUUCUCAUAGUUUUACUUUUAAUCAGGAGUCAUCAUUUAUUCAAUCUAAGGACGAUUCGCAACUUGAUGAGGAUUUUAAUUAUAACUCAGAAAAGAUGGACAAUGAUUCAUCAAGCAGCGGUAGCAGCGCGGCUUCAUGUGAAGAUGUGGCCGCUGAAAAUAAUGGUUUGACUUCAGCUGGAAGUCAGAGCGACUCGAUUCUGUUUAAAGAUUCCACACGGCCUGACUUCAGCGAAAUUAAGGAAAAUGGGCGUCGCGCUUCAAAUAUUGGGGAAGAGGAUGAAAACAAUGCCCUAGCCCGACCCGAAACACUCAACCUUUCCGACAGUUUACCAAGCUUGUCCCAAGCACGCUACGCCAAAAGGUCUCGUAAGAACUCGAGAGGGCCCCAAGAUUACCUGUAUAUUCAGAUGGAGUUGUGUGACCCCAAGACACUCAAAGACUGGCUGAUGCAGAACACGGAAAGACCUAAGACAAAGGUCCUUAAAUUUUUCCUCGAUAUCGUAAAUGCUGUGGAACACGUGCAUGACAAACAGAUGAUGCACAGAGAUCUCAAGCCGUCGAACAUUUUCUUCAGUCUUCAUCAAGAGGAUGUCUUAAAAGUCGGGGAUUUGGGUCUGGUGACUCACAUUGCUGACGAGGACUGCGAUAGCCACAGCGCUCGUACGCCGUUGUCGCCUUCUGGCCAAGACGAUUCGGCACCGAGUGUGCAACAGGCCCACCACAAGCACACGCAGGGGGCAGGCACCCAGACCUACAUGAGUCCGGAGCAGCUGCGCCGCGUCGAGUAUGACUACAAGGUCGACAUCUUCUCAAUGGGCCUUAUACUCUUUGAAAUGCUCUGGCCUAUGCGUACAGACUCGGAACGAAUUCGGGUGUUGUCUCAGGUACGGAUGCUGCAGUUUCCAGAGGGCUUCGUAGAAGAGCAUCCAGAAGAGCACGACCUGCUGCAGCUGAUGCUCAACGCGGACCCCCAAAAGAGACCUACAACUCGGGGCAUCCGAGCGCGAGCGCCCCUCAAGCAGAUGCAACUUCCACAUGAACUCGAAGCCAUCAAAGAAAACGAGCAUUUUCAGCUGAUCAAAAAGCACCGGAGAAACACUUCGUCGGCCUCAAGUCAUGACGUUGCCGAGGUGCUUGCGGUUGCUGAAAUCAUUGCUUCAAUGUGGCCUUGAAAACAUUUCCACGAUGCUUGAUGAUGUUUAUUUUAAACUCUUAUCAUUCGCAGUAAAAUUGAACGUUCAGCUGUACGUUUGGGUAAAAUAUUUUCUGUGGUUGUUGCUUAGUUAAAUUUAAUAGUAAUUGACAAUUUUUUCAGCACUAAGUUUGGUUUUCCUUUGCGUUUGGAUCAAAAUUAUGUGAAGUGCUUCAGAAACCUAAUCGCAUUAUUUUUUUAAUAUAAAACGACGUUUAUCCUUACUGUUGGGGAAAUUUUAUAUGGAAGUCGGUAGAUGAUUGCUGGCGUCUCUUGAAGUCUUCCUAACCAUCCUCGCGCGUACAGGUGAACAGACAAUAACAAUUUCAAUUAGGUUUUCAUGACCUACUCGUAUUUUACGUCCAACCAUAAUUCCACUUGCAGUCAAUAAUGUUGAUCAUUGCAAAUGCAAGGCUGCUCUUAUUUUAUGACCUAGCUUUGCUAAGGAAUGUUUUGACCGGUGUUGCCUGCAGUUAAGGUGGUUGUUAUAUAUACUGUAAUUUUAGUUGAAGAGCUUUUGUAGUACAUACAUUAGACCGUUGUCCAGAUGUUACGAACACGGACGACUAUUGUUCCUGCAUCCUGAGGUUCUAAUCAUUAAAAGCAUCUUCAGGGAUGCGGAGGAUACCAUGACCAGUAAGAUGACCAACUUUUCAUGGCACAUAUCAUGGGGUGAAUAUAGGUAUGUUGACUGUAUAAUUCAUUUACAAUUCAUUAACUUUUUGUAUUGUGCAUCGUGCCCGUGAAAUCAAACGUAUUAUUUUCGAAGAGACAUCUUAGUUGUUAUUUUUUCAUCCAGCAUUGUCCACUGGCAUUACAAUUCUAGUCUCAAUUAAAGGGUUCGCUUGUGGACAUGGUAGAUAAAGCACUGCCAGUUAUGUGAAUUGUUGAUAUGCUA